AUGGCAACGAUACGAGCUCCGUCACCUUCCUUCCUCUCCGCGUUCCUGCCCGUCGUACGCGCGCGACUCUUUCCCCAAGAGCAAUCCCUUCGGCGGAUACCUCUCCUGCAGCAAAUCCAGCAACUAAGACUAAGAGCGAGUCUACUACCCGCUGCAUUGAUCCCAAUACCGACAUUACUGGGCGAACUUUGGGAUGGAAUACUCAACGCUGUACCGAAGAAGAAGACGAGCCAUAUGAAGAAGAGGCAUAGGCAGAUGGCAGGCAAAGCAUUGAAGGAUGUCACGGCAUUGAACAAGUGCAGCGGGUGUGGGAGGCUGAAGAGAGCGCACGUGCUAUGUCCGUAUUGCGUGAAGAGCAUCAAACAGUGGCUCAACAAUGGCUUCAAGACGAAGGAGGAGUUGGAAGUGCAGAAGGAGGAACGGUUCGAAAGACAAAAUGAGGAGCGAAUAGCAAGAGGAGAGAAGCCGCUCAAGUGGACGGAUCUGUAUGAUAAAGGAAAGGAGGAGGAAAAGGCAUAG